UUAGUUGGCGAAAACUUGUUUAAGGCAGCCGCCUUCCUCAAUCUGGUUGCAAUCCCGGGACAUAUGAAAUAUGGCUUCGACCAUGUCUAUCCAGCUUUCAGAUCGAUAGCGACUCCCAAACAUGAACUCGGCGGACGAGGAGGACUGAUAUCCUGGGAUUAUAUAAAUGCGGUUUUCUUAAUUUCUGCACUCCUUAAUUGGAGGUGGAGUGUCAACGCCGGUCCUCGUGGCAACUGUGAUAAAGCUAUAUUUUGGACGCAGUUCAUCGCUGGAGGAAUUGCAGGUUUCCGGUAUUGGCAGGCCCGCUUCCUUCCUCCAAUACUUACACUCUGGAUUGCUCCCAUCUGUGCCUUGGGUGGGUGGGUGCUAGUUGAUUGA